AUGAAUAAUACCACGACUAUCAUUAGUGGAUCUUUAUCAAGUUCAAUGCAAGCAUUGCGUCUCAGUACAACUGUCCUAGGAAUAUUAGUUUAUAGUACUGGGUUUAUCGGAAAUUUUCUUUCCUUAUUACUUUUUAUACAAAAAGAAUUACGUCAAGUAUCAACAGGCCUUACUUUUUUAUUACUUAAUAUAUUUAGUACUAUACAUCUAUUAUCAUUAAUUGUUGAAUUUGUUGAUACUGUUUUUCAAGUUCAAGUUAUACCAAAUGCUAUCUUUCGAUGUCAAUUUAUAUUAUGGUUACAAAAUGCAACACGUACAAUAUGUUCAUUUUUAGCAGCUACUGUAUCACUUGAUCGUUUUCUACGUUCAGAAUAUCCGAUGAAAUCACGUUUAUGGUGUACAAAAAAAAAUGUUAUCAAACUUUUUGCUAUCUAUUGCUUUUUUUCAGUAUCAUUCUAUACAUUUUUCUUUCAUCCACUUAAUGUAUUUAAUGAUCAAGGACAAUGUUCAUUUCCAAUUCCAAGUACAUUUCGUCUAUUUGCUUUAAAUAUUCUACCACCAAUACGUUUUAUAAUUAUCUGUGUUCUACCAGUUAUCAUUAUGGUUGGAUGUGGUGGUCGAAUGCUUUAUAAUAUUCAACAAUCUAAAAAACGUGUUAUACAACAACCAGCAAAAACAAAGGUAGAUAUUGCAACUAUUAUUCCUCCAUCAUCAAAAGGAAGUAAUGUAACUGAAGAAACCCGAAAAGAAAGAGCAAAUAUUGAUUAUAUGUUACUUUUAAUGGUUCUAGCCAAUGUAGCAGCAUAUAUAAUAACACAAAUUCCAUUUAAUGUAUAUACUCUUUACUAUGGUUAUGAAACAUCAGAUGAUUAUACAGUAUAUUCAUUAAUGCGAGCAUUUCUGUUGAUGUGGAGUUCAGUCUAUUUUGGUAUUGGUUUUUAUUUAUUUUGUAUAACAUCACCACAAUUUCGAAAACAAUUUAUAACAAAAAUUAAAACAUUGUGUGUUUACCAACCUCAUCCACCACGUGGAACAAGACUACAAAGAGCUCGUUAA